AUGGAGGCCGAGCGGCCAACAGGUGAAGAGGAGGGGCCUGAUAAGAUGGGUACCGGAGGUGACGCGUGCGAGGUGCAGGAGGAAGCGGAUGUUGAAGAAGCGGGUGUUGAAGAAGCGGGUGUUGAAGAAGCGGGUGUUGACGACUAUGGAGGGAGUGGAGGCAAGAAGACAGGCUCGCUGGCUCCGUCUCUCCUCGUGCUUCACCCGUCAGGCUCUCCUGUCUUUACCUCCGCGGGUGCCGCUGUCCGAGGCUUCGAUAUUAGUUCGGGUUCGGCGGUUUCGUUCAAGAGCAGCGACGGUGCGGAGCAGGCAGUGUCGCAUGGCGACACCGUGCGAGCCAUUUGCGUGGACCCCACCGGCCGUGUCAUGGCGACGGCGGGCGACGACAAGAUCGUCAAUCUCUGGGUCAGGAAGGAGCAGUCUCCGUCAAACAGCUGGAUCUGCUGCCAUAAGGAGAAGGUGUCGAAGCGAGUGAGCGCCAUGGGGUUCAGCAGCGACGGUCGCUGGCUGCUCUUCGCCGACAAGUUCGGCGUCGUUCACGCUCUCGCCGUGCCGUCGCCGACCGACCUCGCUGCUCAGAGCGGAGAAGGAGGCGAAGGCAAGCGAGCGGUGGAGACAGCGAAGCAGCUGCUGGGCCACUGCUGCAGCAUCAUCACCUGCCUCGCGAUGUCGCACGGCAAUCGCUUCAUUGCUACUGGCGAUCGGGACGGAAAGAUUCGUGUGUCCGUGUUCCCCGACCAUCCUUUGGAAGGCGCUCAUGAGAUUCAGAGCUUCUGCCUUGGACAUACAGGGUUCCUGACAGCUCUAGCCUUUGUUGGCGAGCCGGCACCAGCCAAGCACGGCGAGACCGACGGCGUCGUUGCGGCCGGGGAUGGUUCGCAGCAGCUGCUUCUGUCCGCCGCGGCUGACGCAACGGUGCGCCUGUGGGACCCUUCAGACGGCCGCUGCCUCCAGGUGCUGCGCAUGCCGCCUCCGCCAUCGCCUGCGCAGGUGGAAGGGCCUUCCCCCAUGGCAGUGGACUCCGCGGGUGGCGGAGAACAAGCGGAAGCGGAGGCGGGAGGCACGGCGGAGACCGAGGGCGUAGCUAAUCCUGAAGAAGAUGCGGGGGGGAGCAGGGGUGGGAAGAUAGGAUCAACAGCGGAUGGUUCGUCGCUGGUAGCUGUCGCGGUCGAUCCGAGUGGCUGUUUAAUCGCCGGAGCUGUUGCCGGCUCGCCAUGCGUGUCUUUGCUCCGCUUCGACCCUUCGUCUCGCACACUGCAAAUUGUUCAGUGCAUCACGCUCAACGAUGGAGUGCCAGCCACCAGCCUUUCCUUCGCUUCGGAUGGCAAGAUUUGGACUGUAGCUGGUGCUGCAGAAUCACUUCCCAGCGAGGACAGUGUCAUGACCCCAGAAGCUGAGGCGGCAGCUGCUGCCACUGCCGCCCGGAUAGCGCUCGCUGCCGUUACUCGUGUUCUAGUCCUGAGCGUGGGCCCUGCAGCUGCCCAUGCUGCUGAUCAGAUUGCUGAAAAUGCUGCUGCUGAUGCCACUGCAUCAGGGGGUGUAGCAGAAGGGGCUUCAGCGGAUCUGAAGUAUGAAGUGCUGGCUGAUGGGGAAGUGCCAGGUGGCAAAGAUCUAUUGGCUGCGUUACAAGGGUCUGUGUCUGGGGAUGUGGCAGCAGUGGCCAGGGAGGCAGCCAAGGGGGCGGUGGAUGGGCUGUGGGGAGCAAUGAAGAAGAAAGAGUAUGGGGAGGAUGAGAGGGAGUCCAGAAAGCGCAGGCGCAAUGACAAGAACACCAGCAAGAGCAGCAAGAGCAGCCAGCCAUGGAUGUCAGAAUCCACGGAUGGGACGGGCGGAGAACAAUCCAUUUUAGCGUCCAACCUGCGGCGCUUCACGUACAAGGAGCUGCAGGCCGCCACCAACCGGUUCCGCGACGAGAGCGUGCUGGGCGCGGGCAGCUUCGGCAAGGUGUACCGCGGGGCCAUGGAGGAGUGGAUGGGGGAACUGCCCAAAGGGGAGAAGCGGCCGCUCGCCAUCAAGAUGCUGGAUGAAGAGAGCUUUCAGGGCUUCGGCGAGUGGAUGGCCGAGGUGCUUUUACUAGGGCGCCUGCAGCACCCCAAUUUGGUGCGGCUGCUGGGGUACAGCACGGACAGGGACGAGGCAGUGCUGGUGUAUGAGCUGCUGGAGAAUGGCAGCCUCGACUCCUGGCUCUUCCCAGACGACCACACGGGAGUGUACAAGCACCGCCCGCUCACGUGGGAGGAGCGUGUGCGGAUAGCGCUGGACGCCACACAGGGCCUGGCGUAUUUGCACUCAGAGAACGUGAUUCACCGCGACUUCAAGUCCUGCAACGUGCUGCUCGAUAAGGACAUGCGGGCGAAGCUGACGGAUUUUGGCAUGGCGACCAUGGGGCCGGAGUCAGGGCAGACACACAUCUCCACGCGAGUCAUGGGCACCAUGGGGUACCUUGACCCCAAGUACCUCGAGACAGGCCAUCUCACCCCAAAGAGUGACAUCUACGCUCUCGGAGUCGUUUACUUCGAACUCCUCACUGGCCGGCCUCCUUCGUCUGGAGGUGACAACGACGACUGCAAGCUGACGACAUGGGUGCGCGCACACGUGGCACAGCGCCGCCCGAAUCUCGAGGCAGUCAUGGACGAGCGGCUAGAGGACAAAUACUCGCGCGUGGGCGCGCAGAAACUGCUCGUUCUCGCCAAGCACUGUAUCAACGAGGAUCCGGCCGGGCGGCCGCAGAUGGAGAAUCUAAUCAAGACUCUGCAGCAGCUGAUGACACUGCCAGUUGGGGACGAGGGGAAUGGUGCGGCGGGGGGGAGGGGAGGGGGAGGAGCGGGGGGAGAGCUAGGCACACCCACCCCACCAAGGACCCCCACUACACCCACUAGAUAG